AUGUCGUCGCACAAUUUCGCUGUCCAGGACCUGUCUACCGACCUCAAGGGCAAUGUCAAGGGCUCUAAAGCUCCUGUCCCUCUGGCGGGAUCAUUCUCCACAAAUUUCGAGCCGGCGAAGCACCGCUGGACGGCAGGGAAUCCAUAUGUCAGAACCGUAUCUCCAUGUGGGAAGAACCUACCGAAAUGGAAGGGCUCUUGUGUCCAGACAAUCUAG